AUGGCCCUUUAUCAACCAAAACAACAACAACUACUACUAGUAGUACCUGCAACACUAUCAAAUUAUAACGCUGUAUUCCAAAAAAGUUACUGUUCAAGAGAUGAUGCAAAGAACAACAAACUACCUCGUAGGCGAACUGCAUUUACUGAUGAACAAUUAACACUACUCGAAAAUGCAUUCCAAAAGUGUCAAUAUCCAAAAAUGGAUACGAGGAUGGAGUUGGCUUCGGAAACGCAAUUACCAGAAAUGCGCAUUCAGAUAUGGUUCAAAAAUCGGCGAGCAAAAUACCGAAAAAAACUCCGGAAUACUGCCAAUCCGGAAAUUACAUCCAGUACUUAUGUUCCAAAAUUCAAUGCAGUAAUUACAUGGAAGCCAAAUGUUGCAUUUGUUUUCGUGACAUCCUUUCGAGAAGCCAUGAUGUGCAGUAACCACACUUCUAAUAUGGUAGCCAAUUAA